AUGGCAGACCCAACCGCCGAAAUCAACGUCGAUCUCGAAGUGCAAGAAAUCCUCCUCGCCGCCUCGCAACAUGACAUUCCCAAGCUCCGCCGCUUGAUCCGAUCCAACGAGGCUGCCCUUAAUGCUGCCAACGUCAAGGACUCGGAAACGGGGUACUCUCCGCUCCAUGCGGCCAUCGCGGCUUGCGAAUCUAACGAUGAAGAGCCCGUGAACGAGGAACCGAAUGGCGUUCAUUCGAAUGGGGUUCAGCCAAGCGAAGAGAAGAGUGACGCGGAUUCUGGCGUGAAUACCGUCAGGUUCCUUCUGCAAGAGGGUGCCAUCUGGAAUGAUCUGGACCUGAAUAAUGAAACACCUGGGUGUAUUGCGAAGCGCAUUGGGAAAGAAGAGCUGUACGAGAUGAUUGUGGAUGCGGGAGUCAGAGCAGAGCUCCUUCUCAACCGGCUAGACGGUUAUGAGCAGCUCUCGGACAUGGAUGAGGAUGAGGAGGGUGAGGAGAAGGACAAUGAUGACCAGAGCGCAGAGAAUCCACAGGAGGAGCAGGCGCCAGCCGAUGAACAAUCGGUGCCUCAAUUGGUCGAUGCGACUCGGAAUACCUCGACGGUAGCAGAAGGGACUGGGCCAGAUGUGACAAGCUCUCGCUAUCUGGACUCCAACUUGACUUUCCAGGGGGACCGACUGCUGGACCAAGACCAGAAUGGCGUGAUGAUGGCUUGGGAAUCAGACAUCAUGGCGAAAUCCGCAACGAAGAUCCUCCCAGCACCUGGACUGCGUGUGCUGAACGUCGGCCACGGUAUGGGUAUCGUGGACGGGUUCUUGCAGGAGCAGUCUCCUGCUUCGCAUCACAUCAUCGAGGCACAUCCAGAUGUCGUUGCAGAGAUGAAACGAAAAGGCUGGCACGAGAAGCCGGGGGUGCAGAUCCACGAGGGCCGAUGGCAAGAUAUUCUCCCCACCCUGGUGGGACAAGGCGAACAGUUCGAUGCCAUCUACUACGAUACCUUUGCCGAGUCAUACAGCGAUUUCCGGGAGUUCUUCAGCGAGCAAGUCAUUGGGUUGCUCGAUCAGGAGGGGAAAUGGGGCUUUUUCAACGGCAUGGGCGCGGACCGACAGAUCAGCUACGAUGUCUACCAGAAAGUGGUGGAAAUGGAUCUGUUCGAAGCGGGAUUUGACGUUGAGUGGGAGGAGAUUGAGGUGCCUACGCUAGAGGAAGAAUGGAACGGCGUGCGCCGGCCAUAUUGGAGGAUUGAGAAAUACCGACUGCCUUUGUGCAAAUUCAUGGAUUAG